GUUGUGACAGUGGUGUUCUCCUUCAUGUGGCUUGUGGGUUCUUCUGCUUGGGCUAAAGGACUAUCUGAUGUAAAGGUUGCCACUGACCCAGAUGAAGUACUCUUACUGAUGUCAGCUUGCAAACAACAAUCCAAUAAGUGCUUGCCUGUUUACAGCCCUGUUAUGUCAAGUCUUAACACUUCAGUUGUCUUUGGAUUCUUGAACUUUGUUCUCUGGGCAGGAAAUAUCUGGUUUGUUUUUAAGGAGACUGGUUGGCAUUCUUCAGGUUCAAGAUAUCCUCAAGAUACCCUCGAGAAACAGUCCGGCAGCUAUAAUCAAGGUGGCUACAAUCAAGAUAGCUAUGGGUCGAGUGGUGGGUAUAACCAACAGGAAGACAAUUUUGGGCAACAAACUAAUUAUGGCCAAGUUGAUGAAUUUGGCCAGCAACAACAGAGCUUUAACCAGAGUGGCCCAACUUCAUUUACUAAUCAAAUGUAG